AUGACAUCGACCACCCUCAUGACUUUCCUGCUGAUUACCAAGCCCGAGAUCCGCUCGAUCAAGCUGCUUGGAUCAUGGGACAAUUUCUCGAAGCCUUAUGCGAUGGAAAGGGACAAGCGGAUUGGGCCUGGACAUUGGAAAGGAUGUCACACCUUCACGGAUAUUAUGUGUGAUGGACCCGGCGACACCCCCCACUGCCGCACGGGAGGCUUGAAGAUGGGUGCGACCUACUGGUACUACUACUUGUUGGAUGACGACGUGGAACACUUCAAUGAAGCAGAGCCGGUCACAACUCAAUGUCCCCUGCUCCCGGGACAACCACUCAAUAUACUCAAUGUGCCAAUCAUGAUGCCCGACAGUCGUUCUCAUGGAAGGUCGAGCAGUAACAGCUCGCAAAAAUCCGGUUAUCGAACUAUGAAACCUGAGGACAAAUUCAUGAAUCCGCGGAAGCCACCGAAACCUUCACCCACACGUCUGCAGACCUCCGCGGCGAAUCCCCAACCCUUUAUGGAUCCCAAUGCUGUGUCUCCCGGUGGCAGCUUGAUUCAUCGUAGCGCUUCGCAGCCCACGAGUGCCAAGUACGGAAAGCAUACGAAGAACGCACGCUCUGUCUCCCCAGCAUUCUCUGAGAUUCGUCAUGCGUUCCGAUCUCCUAACCGGUCUCCCAACCCAGUGGAGAUGGAGGGUCAUAAACAGGCCUUGUCAAGAUCGAAGACUCACGCCAGAACUCCAAGCAAAGAGCGUUUCUUCGAAGACGAAAUUCCUGGCAUGAUGGUCAAAGCCGGUCUGGUGUCGCCCGCAAAUAUUGCAGAGAUCCAUGAACCCUCGACUAUUCAAAGUCGCCGGGCGAUGAAAAGUUCUGCUAGCCCAGGACAUGCCAAAGAUCUUCUUACAGUGGAUACCCGACCGCAUCGUCGCCAGAACAGUGCUUCCAAGGGACCCAUUGAAACACGGGAUAUCAGGGACGGUACAUCCGGCGAACCAGGCUCUAACGAUACGCCGACCCCAACAGGCCCAGACCCUCAGGAAAAGCGUCUUCCUUCGCUUCCCAAUACACCAUCCUCUGUUAUGGAUGAGGCUGUUCGUGCGAUUGACGAAAGAGACAAAGAAAUGGAAAGCCAGGUCCUGCGCAGCCACUUCUCAAGCAUUACGACAGUGGCGGACGAGUCGACUCAUUCACACCUCCCUGAGCAAAGUCGUUUCUCAGAAUGGAGCACCGACACCGAGACCGAAGGCGAAAAUACCUCACCCGAGUCGAUGAUAUCUGCAUCGACCUUCAAUGGACAGAACGAGUCCCCAUCGUCGGAGCAGUGGACGACACCAGACCUGGCGCAACACGACACCGCUUUCAACACCGACCCAAACACACCGCACCUGACCGUGCAUUCCAAGCCGUCAUCCCCAAAUUCUGCGUCUGACGAUGUCCCAGGGUGGAACCUGAAUUCUCUCCCCCAACUUACUGUCUCCAUUCCUCGUCUCAUGGUUCGGGCCUCGGAAUCAACCCUAUGGAAAUGGAAGAAGUAG